AUGGAAUCCAGCGACCCCAGCUCCGCCGCAGUAAGUAAGACACAAGAAAUAUCUGUACCACCUGUGGAGGGUGUAGCUGGAGGAGGCACUAGUUAUGGCUGGGUGGAUGGAGGCUUGCAGGGGUCGCAUCUAGGUUCUAGUGUGAUUGACCCUACUAAGGUGCACUCGGCAGAUCUUUUGCAUGUUUGGUCUAUGCCCAGCACAGCAAAUGUUAGCCAACAAGAAGCACCUCGACCUCUAGAACAUGUUAACCUUUUGGCAGCAAGAAAUGAAAGGGAAAGUUUUCAAAUCGCGUUACGUCCAAAAGUUUCAUGGGCCAGUUCAGGUAUUGCAGGGCCUGUGCAGAUUCAGUGCACUGAUCUAUGCUCAUCCUCUGGAGGAAGGUUAGUGGUUGGUCAAUCUAUAACGUUGCGACGUGUGGUGCCUAUAUUAGGUGUACCAGAUGCCCUUGUGCCUAUUGAUCCUUCCAGUCCACAAAUAAACCUACUUCCUGGGGAGACAACUGCAGUAUGGGUCUCACUAAAUGUUCCUUGUGGGCAAGAGCCUGGUCUAUAUGAAGGAGAAAUAUGUAUUACUGCUAUGAGGACAGACUCAGAUUCCAAGGCAGACUCGUUACCAAAAUCUGAGAGAUACCAGCUGUAUAAAGAAUUAAAGACUUGUCUUGGUAUCACUGAAUCCAGAGACCACUCAUCGUCAGAGGAAAUGAUACUAAGAUUAUCAUCAACUUCAACCACACUGAGGAGGAUGCUAGUACUUCCAGCAUUCCAGGACUGCCAUGAGAAUAAUGGAUUAGGGGACAUGAUGGAUGAAGAUGUUAUGAACAAUGUUGCUGUUCGUGUCAAGUUAAGCUUGACUGUGUGGGAUUUCACUCUCCCACUGACACCUUCCUUACCUGCUGUUUUUGGUAUAUCUGAAACUGUCAUUGAAGACCGGUUUUGUUUGGAGCAUGGCACCAAAGGGUGGUAUGAUGCACUGGAUCAUCACUUCAGGUGGCUCCUCCAGUACAGAAUCAGUCCAUUUUUCUGCAGAUGGGGCGAUAGCAUGCGUAUUCUUGCGUACACAUGCCCCUGGCCUGCUGAUCAUCCAAAGGCUAAUGAAUAUUACUCUGAUCCAAGACUCGCAGCAUAUGCUGUACCGUACGCGCCUAUUCUGUCAUGUACCGAUGCAGCAAAAAAUUCUCUGCGAAGAGAGGUUGAAAUCUUGAAAACAGAGGCUCAUUGGUCGAAAGCUUACUUCUACUUGUGGGAUGAGCCAUUGAAUAUGGAGCAGUACGAAGUGAUUCGCAACAUCUCUAACGAGUUAAGGACAUACACACCCGAUGUGCGUAUUUUAACAACUUAUUAUGCUGGUCCAAGUGGUUCUGAACUGGCUCCUUCUACGUUUGAGGCUUUUGCGAAAGUUCCAAAUGUUCUACGUCCGCAUACACAAAUCUUUUGCACUAGCGAAUGGGUUCUUGGCACAAGAGAGGACUUAGUGAAGGAUAUUAUUGCUGAACUACGACCUGACCUUGGUGAAGAGUGGUGGACAUAUGUUUGUAUGGGGCCUUCUGAUCCUCAACCAAAUUGGCACCUUGGGAUGCGCGGAACUCAGCAUCGGGCAGUGAUGUGGAGAGCAUGGAAGGAGGGUGGCACAGGAUUUCUUUACUGGGGUACCAACUGCUACGAGAAGGCUAUGAUUCCAAGUGCCGAGAUCUGUUUCCGACGCGGCCUUCCUCCAGGCGAUGGGGUUCUGUUUUACCCUGGCGAGGUGUUUUCUUCGUCAAAGGAACCAGUUGCGUCCCUCAGGAUUGAACGCAUUCUCAGUGGCAUGCAGGACAUUGAAUACUUGAACCUUUACUCCUCAAAGCACGGCAGGGAGGAGGCCUUGGCCCUCCUGGAGAAGACUGGCGCGUAUCUUGGCCCGGAUCGCUAUGCACAUGAUCAUGGGCCAGUUGAUGUGAUGCGCGGUGAGGUAUACCGCACCUGCAGAUCUUAG